AAACAAACUCAACGAGAUUAACCUCCAAAACCCUCUCCCUCCUCUGUUUUCCAAACAUGGUGGUGUUAAAAUCCACUUCUCCACUAUCCCCAUCUUCAUCUCUCCAACCCCAUCAUUUCUCCAAACUCACCUCUCCAUCUUCUCUCCUCUUCCUCCGCCACCAUGUUCACCCUCAACGCUCCGCCACAGCUUCCAGAGCUGCAGCUCACUUCACCAUCAGAGCUUACAUGGAGAAACCGAACUCGUUUGCCAGCUUCGCUAACAAGGUCAUCGGUGCGCUUCCAGUAGUUGGCCUCCUCGCUAGGAUCAUGGCUGAUGAAGGUGGUGUUGGUGAUGACCUCGUUGAUUUUGCUGAGUUUCGAAGACGGGUUGGCAAGAAGUGUAGUAUUGCUGAUUCCAAAGCUUUUUAUCAGUUCCAAAAGCGACGAGGAAAGGAAGGGGAGCCUCUCUAUGUUCUGUUAUGCUGUUGGCUAGCAGCCAUUGGUGCAGGUCUUCUCAAAACUGAGGAGAUUUUGGAAGGUGCGGCGAGGCUCCGCGUCUCGGAUGACAUUGAAUUUGAGGAGCAGACGUUCAUAGCCUUGAUGAAUGAGGCAAGAGAGAGACGGGCAAAGCUAAAGACUGCACCUCCGGCUUUACCAAUGGAGAUUCGAGUCCAGAAGGCUCUUGAUGCUAUCUAUGUUUGUUCUUUUUGGAAGGACCCUGUAGAGCAAGAAGACGAGUUAUUGCUGACUACUAUGCUUAGUACUGUUUUUCCAUCAGUUCAGGGACAAGAGAUCGAGCGCCUUGUCAAAGAAAAGGCAGAGAAAGUAGCAGCAGGAGUUAUUGAUUAUGAUGUUCCAGAUUUCAAGCUCCCAUCAAAAGAAGCUGUUGAACUGCAGAUGAAAGAUCUCCAGUUCCUUAGACAAAAUAGUGAGACUUAACCAGGUGAAGCCUGUGAUUUUUAACACUCGUGUAUUGAAUGAAAUUAUACCUCGGAAACUUGGCUGUUUUAGCCUUUCUGGAUACUCACAGAGAAAAUUACAGUGAUCCCCCCUGAUCCUAGAUCUUAUUCUAUUAUUUUUCAGAUCCAUAUUGAAACCUGGGGUAUUACUUUUUUUGAAGAUGCAGAUAUUCCGUGUAAUUAUUUUACAAUGUUAGUAAAAGAACAAAAUAAUAAGUUGUUUCUCAAA